CCGAGUCACUGACUAAAGAGUAACGAGUCUGAUUCCCAAUUUCUCCAGGCAUCGGCGGCGGUACUUUAUUCUUUCCCCUUUUCUUCCGUAUAUUGGUAUGGCGGCUUCACCUAAACGCAGACCAGAGACGAGGGAAAGAGAAAGUCUCCACCUUUCGCUUACCAUUUACAGGUAAAACCAAAUUCAAUCCCGCCAUUCUGGUCGAGAAGCUUUCAGAAACGAAUAGAGCUUGCUUAAGAAGCUUUUUGGGGAGUUAAGAAUGGCGCCGAAUCCGCUCGCUGCCGCCGGCGACAGCACUCUCCAGGCUAUUUGCUACAAGCGCGGCUCCCUCCAGCUCCUUGACCAGCGAAAGCUUCCUCUCGAGACAAUUUACUUGGAUAUCAAAGACUCGUCCGAUGGAUGGUCGGCCAUAAGAGAUAUGGUGGUCCGAGGGGCGCCUGCUAUUGCCAUUGCAGCAGCUCUCUCACUUGCAGUGGAAGUGUCAAACUUGGUGGGGUUUACCGGGACGCCAGUAGAAGCUGCUGCUUUCCUCUCUGAGAAAUUGGGAUAUCUUGUUUCAAGCCGCCCAACUGCAGUGAAUCUGUCGGAUGCUGCGGCCAAGCUGGAGGAAGUGAUAGGGAAGGCUGCAGCAACUGCAUCUGAAGCUAACAAUGUAUUUCAGGCUUACAUUGAAGCUGCUGAAGCCAUGCUUGAAGAAGAUGUAGCUUCAAACAAGGCAAUUGGGUCAUAUGGAGCACAGUUCAUUCAGAACUAUUUGAAAGGCUGCAAGAGCUUUUCUGUUCUGACUCACUGCAACACUGGCAGUCUUGCAACGGCUGGAUAUGGCACUGCUCUGGGUGUCAUUCGUGCACUUCAUUCAGGCGGAGUGUUGGAAAGAGCUUUUUGCACUGAGACACGUCCAUUUAAUCAAGGAUCUAGGCUCACAGCAUUUGAGCUGGUGCAUGAAAAAAUACCUGCUACUCUUAUAGCAGACUCCGCUGCAGCUGCACUGAUGAAAGAAGGCCGAGUUAGCGCCGUAAUUGUUGGAGCAGAUAGAGUUGCAGCAAACGGAGACACUGCCAACAAGAUUGGAACCUACAGCCUAGCUCUUUGUGCCAUGCACCAUAAAAUCCCUUUCUACGUCGCAGCACCAGUUACAUCUAUCGACCUGUCCCUAGAUUCAGGGAAGCAGAUAGUUAUAGAGGAACGGUCCCCAAAGGAACUGCUGAACUCACGGGGAGGACUCGGGGAGCAAGUUGCUGCCUCCGGGAUCUCGGUCUGGAACCCUGCUUUCGAUGUCACGCCUGCAAGCUUGAUCGCUGGUAUCAUAACCGAGAAGGUACUUCCUUCCUUCCAACCAUAUCAUUCAUGGUUCCUCUAUUAAUAUGGGGUCUUUCUGUUACUUGAGCAGGGUGUCAUCACGAAGGCAGGUAUCGACGCAUUCGACAUAAAAGCUUUCGUGGCAAGCAACGCAUAAUGCACUUGUUCUAAUACAUCAGCCUAUUCAAUUAACUAUGUAAUAACAUCUCCAUCAGCGAGAUUACUCUUCGAUGUGAAACGUGUGCCUUAAGUAACGUUUUGUUGCUGCUGCUAUCAAGAUGAAAUCAUGCUUAGCUAGGUUCUAUUGAACUGUUGUGCACUCAUUUACAAAAUUUAUGCUGUAUUUAUUUAUCAACUAUUGAAUAUAUAUAAGAAAGAAAAUUACUUUCCAUUUUUUUUUUUUACUGAGCCAGUCAAAAUCCAGCUGGAUCAGGCCGUAGAAACGGACAGCAUCUGUUUACUGGAGCCCAACUG